AUGGAGAAGUGCACAGCCAGGCGGGCGAUACGGUUCUUGAGCAAGUCAGCAUCCGCUACUUUUUAUGGCCCGUCCAUCCGUCCCGCUGACCAACUGAUUAGUGGAGCGAAUGCUAUUAAAAUAACUUCAGCUGGAUCCCGUACUGUAACCAGUUUCAAAUUAUAUACUCUUUCGCGGUCUGUGGCAUUGAGCAGCUUGGUGCUUAUGUGCCUAGGUGCAGUGGCAGGGCACUCAAAAUGUGGAGGGCACAAUCUCAAGUACACCUGGGGGGAUGCUUUGACUGACUCGCCUGACUGUAUUGGGCCAAACAAUGUUCCCUACCCCUCGGCCCAGAUAGCACGAAACUUCAGAAAAGGCACAAUGUGGGGCACAAGUAGAGUUGGAAGAUCAAACACAAUAAUUGAUCCAUUAGUUACACAAAAAGCACUUUUGAAAGCUCAUGCUUUACAGGAUAACUCGUUUAACAAAUUUAGAACAGGAAGGGAAUUUUCCUCAAAAGAAAUGUGUUCUACAAGUCCUGGUAGACUUUGUAAAACGAGGUAUAACACAACUGCUCCAAUGUAUGGUGUCUCUCUAACUUCUGGUCAACCAGUAACCAUAGUUCAAAAGUUUCCAGACCUUUUGCAACAAGUAGUCUAUGAGGUUUGCGACUUAUUCAUAGGCACCUAUUUUAAUAAGCACAACAAAUGUUUCAGGUCAAAAGAAUGCGAAUUAGUGCGAGGAGAAUGCACUCAAACGUAUGUGCCUUAUCUAUUCCUUGUCAUACCACUGGGUCCAGUAACUCUAACAGGACAAGACUAUGUCCUUGUUGAAAGCGGCUGUGUUUGCAAACCAAAGCUUGCGAACUUAUAUACUGAAACAAUGUCAAUUCCAUGA